AUGAUUGAAAACAUGAAAAAACUAAAACAACUUGGCACUGGUAAAACUUCUGAUGUUUUUCUUUACUAAAAUAAUCAGGGAUAAAAGCUUGCUGUCAAGUAAUUUAAAUCUGAAAUCGGUAAAUAAAUCCAUGACUAAGAAGUCUCCAUUCUUUGCGAAUUGGACCACCCUAACAUUAUUUCCAUGGUUUCCCACACAUCUGAUAACAUCGCUUUUGAAUUUGCCUCCAGCGGUGAUAUCUUCGAUUAUGCAUUAAGCAAACCUUUCGAGCCUGAAUUAGCCCGCUAUUAUAUGAUUUAAUUAAUUAACGUGCUUGAUUAUAUCCACCAAUAAAAUAUAUGUCACAGAGAUUUAAAACUUGAAAAUCUCUUUUUGGAUGAAAAUUUCUAACUUAAGGUUGGUGAUUUUGGUCUUUCAAGCUUCCUCAACUCUGCCUCUUCUUAAAAUACCCUCUCUAAAUAAGUCAGCUCUGAAGAAAUGAGCCUUAAUACUUCUUCAACUGAAUGUUCCGAUGCUAGUUCUGAUGAAAGCCACUGGCUUUAUGAAAGCGUAGGAACUGAAACUUACAUGGCUCCUGAACUCAUUAACAAGCAAAGAUAUCUUGGAGAACAAGUUGAUAUCUUUGCCUUUGGUGUAAUCUUAUUCAGUCUUAUUCAUGGAUUCCCACCUUAUCAAAGAAUAGCCCAUAUCUCAGAUCCUUUCUAUAGAUUACUUAUUGAAAAGAAGUAUGCUAAAUACUGGACUAUUUUGGAAAAAAAGACCCAUAUCAAGUGCGAAAGUAGCUUCAUUGAUUUAAUGAACAAACUUCUUGAACCUAAUCCAUAAAAGAGAAUAACUCUUGAAGAAAUUAAAUGUCACCCUUGGAUGCACGGUGAAAUUUGCUCUCAAGAAGAACUUGUUUAAUCCAUGAAAUUACGUCAAGCUGCUUUUGCUAAAAAUUGA